CAGCAGGUUUUUGUUUACAAAUUCACAUAUCACAUUUAUAGUCGUGUUUCAAUGUGUUUUGGUUGUUCCAAUUGUUUUUCCAAGUUUACAUUUUAAAAUUUACUCUAAUUAAAGAUUGCCAAUCUCGCUGAAGUGUCGAUUUAAGUAUUUGAAAGACGUAACAUAAAUCCACCCAGGAUGGAGGUGGGGACGUCCUCUUCACUAGAGGGGAAAAUCUCUCCUAAUUUUAAUUCUCAAGUCGAGAACAAAUCAUCAGUCGACAAUAUGAGCGUGAUGUCGAAAGCUUUACGGAAUCCGUUGAUUCUCGACCACAUCCUCGCCCUUCUUAAUCUGACCGACCUGAAGAUGUGUCGCCUUGUGUGUCGAAAUUGGGCGGAAGUCGGCGGCAGUUUGCUAGGAAAGCGGACCUUUUUCCCCGUCACCCAGCUUUUCCGCUACAACGGGUCAAACUUAUACCAGGCGACCCCCGUGACUCAAAAUCUGAUGCGGUGCAUCACCAUCUCCGAUAAAUUUGACCCCUCCGUCCCCACCUCAAAGAAAGCCACCGUGAUCACCAAAAUUUUCACCGAUCUCCCCCAUCUGUCCCAAUUUACUCGCGAAAUCCGCUUUCUCGUUAACCAGACUGAAUUCGCGACCGCUUUUGUCAACGGGAUGAGAAAACUCGACAAAUCCGCGACGAAGAUCCAACAGAUUGAUAUAUUCGUCUCGUGGAUCCCGUCAAUCGAGGAGUAUCCAGCGUAUACUGAAAAACUACCCUUUCUAACUAGCCUGACCUCCAUCAAGUUUGUACUGCACGGCCUGACGCGACAAACGGGCGUCGACGUGCACGGGUUUCAGCCCCUCCUUCAAACCCUGCUGGACUCGGCACCCAAUCUGACCACUUUAAACGUCGUCUCGCCUUACUACCCGAAUCUGGAGGGAUGCAAAAAUCUCAAAGAUCUCGACUUUUGCCUGAUGAGGUCCGGCCAUUCCAGAAAUUUGGAUAUGGUCGAUGCAAUCGGAAUGUUGGUGCAGGUAAAGGAUUCCCUGAUAGAGUUGAAACUAAGCUGCGGCGGGUCGGAUGAGAUCAUGGCACAGCAAAUCGAGAAUCUGGACGUUCCCGUGAUGUCAAAACUUACGUCUCUCUCCAUCCAUCAAGCUGUGAUGUACUUAUUUCCCGAUGUUUUUAACGAGGGUCACCUCCCAGCCCUGAAGAGCCUGGGUCUUGGCGUCAUGACGCCCUCAGAGGGAUUCCUUUUGUCGCAGCAUCUCAAUUUAUGGAAGCGACAUCGUGGAGUUAAAUUUAUAGAUCUGGGCCUACACUUCUUGGAGGAUGCGAACUCAAUCGGGCAACAGAUUGUCCAAGUAUUUCCUGCCGUUAAGAAAUUCGACCUUUGGGCAGUUCUCGGUUUUAAAAAUUCCAUCCAGGAGGUAAACGAGAUAAUGACGCCGUACCGAACCUGGGAUCUGGAGGAGGCCAACUUUCGCGGUAUCUAUGUCAAUGCGUCCUGCAUGUUUGACGCAGUCCUGGAAAACAUGGCGGCUUGGAAAGGCGUUAAAAGGGUCCACUUCGAAUAUGCUGAAAUUUUAGAAGACGAGUUCGUCUCCUGCAUUGAAGAUCUCAUCUUACACAGCAGAGGAUUUAAAAGUGUCAAAAUCUGCGGCGAUGUGGUGCCGGAAAUUCUGGGCAAAAUACGACCAAUCCUUGAACGCAGCGGUGCUCCAAUUCAGGUCACGGGAGGAGUGGUUCGCUGAUAAGUUUGAGAUUAAGAAAUUCAGACUUCCACGUCAACAUGGUCACUUAUUCGUUAUUUAUGUACAACAAUGUGUUUUCGAUACAUAUCUAUUUUCAAUGUCUUGGUAAUGAAGUACAAAUAGCAUUGGAAAUGUUUACAAAUAAAGUAAACUUUUUCAUCAUUUCUGAAA